AUGGCUACGUGUCCGAACCAAAAAUAUAGUCAUAUUUUUCCCGACUAUGUAUUAAAAACAUAUAUUGAACCAGAAUUAGGUACCACAAAUGGACCUGAAAGCUUUCAUAGGACUUAUAACGGACAAUUUCACAGUGCUCAUCCUCCAACACAUAAUGUUGUUAUUCAAAUAUUGAAAGAAACCCAAAUGCUAACCAGAUCGAUAAUAAAAUCAGUUAAUAAUGGGAGAGUAAAGAAAAUGGCAAAAAAAGACUUGAACAGGAUUCAAAAUACAAUAAAGGAUUAUGAUGAGUACAAAAUUCAUAAAAAUGUUAUUCAGUAUUUAAAAGUAGAAGGUUAUAGAUGUCAAGGGAUUCAAAUUUAA